AUGUCUUACGAUCGAGUGCUCCCCGCCCCGGUUGGUAUGCACCAUGAGUCUGCCGGUUCGAAUCCUCUGCACAGUAACCCGUUCGAGCAUAAGAUCAUGAAUGAUCUGCCCAUGUCCCACGGGGCACUGCCAUACCGACCAGACCCGCUGGGAUCGGCCUGCAGGUACACCGACUAUCGACCCAAGCCGCAGAUGCAACAGAUGGCAAUCUAUCACGGCAAGGUUGAACCUUACAACCCGCCCAUCGAAAUCAAUCACAACAUCCCGCCUGCCACCGAGUUCUACCCCAAACAACCCUCUGUCUCGACAAAUUCCAUCGCUUUUCGCGAACGUACGCCCUCGUCCUCGGGCAGCUCCAGUCCCACCAAAUCGGGCAAAGAAGAAUACGCUGGCCACUGGUGUCUCUGCAAACCAGACCCGAAAAUCCCCCGACCUCGAAAUGCUUUUAUUCUCUAUCGCCAGCAUCACCAGGCCGCGGUCGUGGCCCACCACCCCGGGCUGGCGAACCCGGAUAUCUCGAAGAUCAUCGGCAUGCAAUGGAGAGCUCUUACUGAGGCCGAGAAGAACAAGUGGAGGGCUUUGGCAGAGGAAGAGAAAGCUCGACACGCCCAGCAGUACCCGACAUAUCGCUACCAGCCAAAGAGAGCAGGCCGGGAUGGCAAUGCUCGCAACUCGGGCUCCGGUAUCAGUCAUAACCCAUCCGGAGGCUCGACGUGCAACACAUGCGGCGGAAAAAUCAUGAAUGCACCCUGUUCACCCAUCGUUUCAUACACACCCAAAGGCACAGAAAAACGGUCGGCAAGCAUGUCCACUGCUCCACCGGGACGGACGACGACGACUAUCAUGACAGCUCGCAGCUCGCACGGCGCAGAGAAACAGCCACAGCCUAUUCGAAUUGACCAGAUGGACAACCGGGCACGGCCACGAAAGUUUGAGGAAAUAGAUGACCAGUCGCAAGACAUGAAACGUCGUCGCAUCUCACAGGUUUCCAUCAAGAGUGACUUGCCCACCAACCGGCACCGAAGCCCCGAGUCCAUGUCCCCGUACCCGAUGUCUCCGUACCUCACUAGUGCUCGCCCAGAUGGUGCUCCACAGCGCCAGCAAUUACCAUCCAUCACUAGUCCAUUCAGCAGCGCUCCAGUCCCCGCCCCCUCAGGCCCAGACCCAAGCCUGAAACUGGCUCCUCUUCAAAACUCAACGUCCAGCAUGACACCUCUCACACCAUUUUCCCAAGACGGUUCCUGCUCCAGCUCUGUCGAAGCAACGGUCAUGACAAUCCCCUACCUGAACAAAAUCAAAGUCCUCGCCAAAAUCUCCCCAGCCCUCCAACCCUCCUUCCGCCAAAUGGAUACCAAUGCCAACCCCAUGCGUGGACCCGUCGUCGCUAUCGACGGUCAAGAUCCAGACCUUGUCCAAUCAGCCAUGGAGUUUCUCACUCGCCUAUUCAAGAAGGAAGCGAAGUACUCUGUCCGCGUCUUCCAUGGCCCAAAUAUCAAAGCACCCUUGGCAGAAGUUACUACUGCCGAUCCUACAGUCGAAUACCUCGACACCAUUUCCGCCUGGCACCGUGUCUCCGACGAAGUCAAGGACUUUGUUCGCACCGUGCCUUCUUCCGACACCCCUGACAGAAAGUACUCUCUCGAUGACGGCUCCGCAAGUCCGAAGACCGUCAUUCCCAAGACCACAACCUUCCAACUCCACUCGCCCGAUUCCAGCGAGAGCGGCUCCAUCAUCGGCGCGCACACCGCGCUUCCCUUGGCAAUUGUACCCCGGUACCAGCUUACCACAGCUGAUGCGUUUGCCUGUUCGAUUCCCAUAAAUGAUUCUUACAAUAGCCUUGAUCACUGGCAGUGGAUGGCGAGUUUGUGGCGCGCUUGCGUUGGCCCCGAUAUCACGGUUUACAUACGGGAAUGCUCGUGCGAGGAGCUGGAGCGGGUCGGUGGCAAUUCUGUGGAGAUGAGAUUGCAGGAUGCUCGGACCAUUGUUCUCCGGAAGGUGAUCGGUAGCCCCGGUCUUCUGGAGGAGAAGGCGUUGAAGCGGGUUGGAUUUGAGAUUGAGGAUUAUCUCACGCAGUAG